GUUUAUACGCAAUAAGAAGAAAUGUCAAAAUUGUCAACAUGGCAAUGGACAUCAGUGCUCUUUGUAAUUUUUCUUUAUCAGAUUAAUUUUAUAUUAAAAUAUUUAUACAGACAAUUUCCUUGUCGUGCUAAUUCAGUGCAGUUUAAUUAUAUAAGUGUAAAUAAAUAAUGUUUUUAUAAUAAAUGUGUAAUGUGACAAAUAAUUAACAUGGCUCAUGGAUCAAAUGUUUUGAGUUCUGAUAUAUCAAGAAAGAACCCCCAGGAUGAAUAUGAAUUGAUCCAGAGGAUAGGAUCAGGGACUUAUGGAGACGUUUAUAAGGCCAAGCGCCUUACAACCAACGAUUUUGCUGCCAUCAAGGUGAUAAAAUUAGAACCUGGUGAUGACUUCCAAAUCAUCCAGCAGGAAAUUCUGAUGAUGAGAGAUUGUAGACAUGAAAAUAUAAUAGCAUAUUAUGGUUCAUAUUUACGAAGGGACAAAUUAUGGAUUUGUAUGGAGUACUGUGGCGGCGGGAGCCUUCAGGAUAUUUAUCAUAUAACUGGUCCUUUAUCGGAGCCACAAAUUGCGUACAUGUGUCGUGAGACUUUAUUAGGUUUAUCGUAUUUGCAUUCCAUGGGUAAAAUGCACCGUGAUAUUAAAGGCGCCAAUAUAUUGUUGACUGAAAAUGGUGAUGUUAAAUUAGCAGACUUUGGGGUUUCGGCACAGAUUACGGCUACAAUAAAUAAAAGACGGAGUUUUAUUGGUACUCCUUAUUGGAUGGCACCAGAAGUAGCUGCUGUUGAGCGCAAAGGUGGUUAUAACCAAUUAUGUGAUAUUUGGGCGACUGGAAUUACAGCCAUAGAAUUGGCAGAAUUACAGCCACCGAUGUUUGACUUGCAUCCGAUGAGAGCAUUGUUCUUAAUGUCUAAAAGUGGUUUUAAACCACCAACGCUCAAAGAUAAAGAAAAAUGGUCUCCGACAUUCCAUAACUUUGUUAAGGUUUCAUUGACUAAAAAUCCAAAGAAAAGGCCUACGGCUGAUAAACUUCUACAACAUGCAUUUAUGCAAAACGGUGACCUAAGCAAAAGACUAUCUAUAGAACUCCUAAACAAAUUCCAAAAUCCGACGAACUCAUUUUCGCAUUUGGAUGCCGACGAUGAAGGGGCUGUUGCAAAUGUUCCACAAAGGAUAGCCAGUAAAAUGACAUCCAAGCAAGGAAAUAAUGGAAAUACUAAUACAUUAAGUAAUACUUUAGUUCGAGGGAGUUCAACAAUUUGGAUGGACAGUGUUGAGAAUCUAAGGUCGCCUAGUCCAGAAACGAUGCCCAGCGAAAUGAGCCUCUUACAAUAUAUCGACCAAGAAUUAAAACUGAGGUCGACGUUGCCCAUGUCGGAGAACAAAGACAGUUACAACAGACUCUGUGAUUCUAAUACUGCCAAUACUGAAGAGAAUAAAAAUUCCCAAAACAAUCCUCCAGUAUUAUCAAAUAAUCAGACUGAUGAUAUUAAUGGUUACGAUAGACUGGCACAAUCUAAUGGAACAGAGCACAAUGUAAAAUGUUCAAACCACCGAAAUUCAUCGGACGAAUUAUGGACGAGUUUCCAAACAGAACCUUUGGAAAAUCUAAAUGAUCUCAACAUCAGACAGAGAAGUCUAUAUGAUUCGACGAAACGAAGUGUCGAAGAUUCAAUGGAACCCGUUGGACCAGAUUUAAUAACAAACACACCACCUAUUCCUCCUAGGAGGAGCCACAGAAAACGACAUACACCUCCAAGACCUAUUUCUAAUGGUCUACCACCUACGCCGAAGGUCCAUAUGGGGGCCUGUUUUUCUAAGGUGUUCAAUGGUUGUCCAUUAAGAGUGCAUUGCACAGCUUCCUGGAUCCAUCCCGACACCAGAGAUCAGCACAUCCUGAUAGGAGCAGAAGAAGGCAUAUUCAAUUUAAACCUGAACGAGCUUCAUGAAACAGUUUUAAACAGACUAUAUCCCAGGCGAACGACAUGGUUGUAUGUGAUCAAAGACGUUUUAAUGAGUUUAUCAGGUAAAACCACACAGUUGUAUAGGCAUGAUCUCUUGGCGUUGCAAAGUAAACAGACUUAUAGGUUUUCUUUGCAUAUGAAUAAGAUACCAGAAAGACUUGUGCCGAGGAAAUUUGCUCUGACGACAAAAGUUCCAGACACCAAAGGUUGCACAAAGUGCUGUGUUGGCAGAAACCCAUAUAAUGGUUAUAAAUAUUUAUGUGGAUCUAUGCCCAGUGGUGUCUUCCUAAUGCAAUGGUACGAUCCCCUAAACAAAUUCAUGCUCCUAAAACAAUGCGAAUGGCCUCCUGGAUUCGGACCAGCCUCUUAUUCACCAGCCAGUUCUUCUCCCGGAAGCAACCACAAUCACCAUUUACCUAAUCAUGGAAAUGGUGGUGAAACUUCAGUUUUUGAGAUGGUGAUCGCUCCAGAACUUGAAUUCCCGAUGGUUUGUGUAGGAGUCAGGAAGGAGACCAGGAACAAUGAAGGUGAUAGGGCCAAUGGCAGGUUGUUCAGGCUGGAUCUGAUUAAUAUGAACUCAGGUGCUAGUUGGUACAACGAAGGUGAUUCCUCAGACUCCGAUGGCACUGAAACCAUUGUACCAAGACGUGAUACUUUAAAAACAAUUUGUGUUCGACAAAUUGACAAAGAUGCUAUAUUGGUUUGUUAUGAAACCAAAAUCAAUAUUGUUACUGCCAAGGGAAAACCAAGAAUCGCCAAAAAGUGCGUGAAUGAAAUAAAGUUCGACUUCAUCAUUGAAAGCAUUGUGUGCCUUCCGGAUAGUAUAUUAGCUUUUCAUAAGCAUGGAGUGCAAGGCAGGUCUUUGAAAAAUGGAGAAAUUACACAAGAGAUAACCGAUAUGUCUAAAACGUACAGAUUGUUAGGCAGUGAUAAGGUCGUUACUUUAGAAAGUCAAGUCCUAAGGACUGGUUCACUAGGAAAUGAAGAUGGACACGAUAUAUAUAUACUUGCAGGACAUGAAGCCAGCUAUUAAUAACUGUAUCAAUAAAAAAAAAAUCUGCAAAAGCAUGAUAAAAAAAAUUUGUCAAACAUCGUGUCAUUCUCAUUUAAUCCUAUAUUUAAGGGGGCCACAUACAUACAUUAACAUAAAACUGUAGACUGUAAACAUUUGGAAAGAAAGGAUAUAAAACUAAGCUUGAUAAUAAUUUAAUUGUUAUAUAAAAAUAUUUAUUUAAAUAACUUGUUGAAAAUAUUUUUUUUUGUU